GUGUUAGUGUGUGUGUUUGUGUCUGUUGCCUGUCGUCAGUGUGUCCUUGGCUCUGUAGACAAGCAGCAGGUUAGCUAGAGAGCUACCACUGGAUUUGACAGCUAUAGAAAGCCGAACCGGAGGGCGCCAUCAGGGGAGCAGCAUCAUUUUCACCUACAAAAUAUAUAUUCUCACCCUCGCAGAGUGAACAGGCACAUAGCAACUCAAGAUGGCUUUCUUGAUCAAGAGCAUGAUUGGGAACCCCCUGUCAGGAAUUGGCCUUGGUGGUGGAGGUGACAAAGAAGAGGAGGCCGCCCCCACAGAUCCAGCCAAAGCAGCAGGGAUGACACGAGAGGAGUAUGAAGAGUAUCAAAAACAGGUGGUGGAGGAGAAGAUGGAGAGGGAUGCAGAUUUCUUACACAAGAAAGCAGAGAGGGCAACACUCAGGGUGUGCCUCCGAGAAAAAUACAGGCUGCCAAAGAGCGAGCAGGAUGACAACAUGAUUGAGAUGGCCGGGGACGACGUGGACGUUCCCGAGGAGCUGCUGAAGAUGGUGGACGAGGACGCCACGGAGGAAGAGGGCAAGGACUCCCUCAUGGGCCAGUUUCAGAACUUGCAGAACAUGGACAUGGACCAGCUGAAGGAGAAGGCGUCGGCCACCGUCACUGAAAUGAAAACAAAAGCAGAGGAGAAGUGCUCCGUCAUGUGAACGUGUGAGGGGGGGGAAUAGUCUAUGUUUGAAUGAUGAGGAAGAAGAGGAAGAGAAUGACACAGGAAAAUGAAUUUCCUUGGAAUCUGCAGGCUGAGCUGUGUAAAUAAGUUUGGGAUUUGGUUAAAAGAGCAAACCAAGUAUUCACUUUUAUUGUAAGCAAAAUCAUUCCUCUGUAGUAAAAAAGGUGACUGCUAACUUCUACUCAAGGAUUUACUGUAAACAUUCCCUGUUAGCUUGUUUCUGAAUGGGUAGUAAUUUACAACUUAUGAUUGCAAUAAACUGAACAUAUUUUAGUUGCAACCACAGUGCCCCAUCUCUUCCCAAUUUCUUUAGAUGCAUUUUGUAGAAAAGUGAUUUUCCAAGCCAAGCAUUCCUUUUCACACCAUUUGCAGGCCACAAUACUUUUCAAAACGAUGAUUAUGCACCAUCUAAAGUUCACUUUUUCUGUUUGUUGUAAAAUGAGACAGUUCAAGUCUCUAAACGUGUGUUUUUCAGUCAAAUAUAUCAUAAACCAAGACUAAAACCAACCUUAUUUAAGUUAAGAAUUCCACCCUGUGUGAGUGUUUCAACUUUCCUUUUGGUUUGUUGGUUAUUUUAGAUUUUUUUUUAACGUGGUGUUUGAAUUAACAAUAACAUUUAGAUUUUGGUUUUCUUUUGGUGUUAUCACAAAGAAAAAUGUGUUCAUAAAUCCCAACAUGUUUAUUUAUUUAAAAUUCCUACACAUACAUAUUUUAACUGUCGAAUAAGGUGUUGAGCCUUAAGGAUUUGCAGAAACAUUUGCAGACUCGCACAAAUCCUUACUUUAAAAUACUGAAUAAUUUAUUCCACAAAACUUUAAGCAAUGUACAUAAAUACAGAUGAAAUAAAUGGAGGUAAACUUGUAAAUGUAUUGUUCAA